AUGACCAAUCGCAAAGUGUCCUUUUCAAGUUCAACUACAGAACUCUCCAAUCAACAACAACAACAACAACAACAACAACAACAACAACAUAAUCAUCAUCGGAAUGUUCUAGUCCAAAGAUGUUCCACACCAAGAUCAUGUGAUCCAUGCAAACGGAAAAGAAAAGUAUGUAAUGGGCAAAGACCGUGUGGUCACUGCACGGACAAUGAUAAAAAGGAAGGUUGCGUUUACAGCGUGGUGUCUGAUCAUGCGCGCAGUGUCUUCACCACCUCCACUGCACGUCGUCUUAGUUCCGGAUCUGCUUGUGAAACAUGUCGUCGACGUAAAACCAAAUGUGAUGGAGGAUCACCUUGUGGAUAUUGUGCUGCCAAUCAACUUGAAUGUUUAAAUAAUUCAGAACUAGCCACUGGUGGCGAUGGAAAUGAAGCAAUGGAUCGUAUUGAAGAUCGAUUAAGAAGAAUUGAAAAAUUGAUGACAGCAUUUACUCCAAGUCCAUUAUCACAAACGCAAUCUUUUGAUGAUAGGCCACAACAACAGAAAACAAGACCUAAUAGUGGAGGAGGGAGUGCUUUCCGUAAACUUUCAACACCUUUAUCUUCCUCUCCUCAAUUUGUUCGUCCUCACCGUCACUCUGUACAAGGUAUUUCAUCACCUCCACAACCAACUUUAUCACCUAAAGCUAGGCAACCUUCAACACAACUUGCAUCGUCCAUGUUAAAUUUAACUUUAUCACCAUCAUCGUCCACUUCUUCCACUACAUCACAAUUACAACAACAACAACAACAACAACAACAACAACAACAAUAUCAUUCAUUUACUUCUUUAUCUACAUCACCUUCUCAACCGUUUGGAUUCCAUCCUCCAUCAUCACCACCCUCAACAUCGGUUUUAUUCCAACAACAACAACAACAUGAUCAACAUCAAGAUUUUAUUCAUCGAUCACCUAGUCCUGAAGGAGGUGAUUGGAAAUCACCAAUUCCAAGCUUAAUGGAUCAAUUAUCUACUCGUACAUUUACAACUCAAGCCAUGGAUUAUAGUCUUCAUUAUCCUAUUUACCCUUUAACCCCUCCUCCUUCUGUUUCUCCAUCUCAACAGCAACAUCAACAACAACAGCAAUAUGACCAACAACAUUAUCAAUAG